CUCUCUGUCUCUCUCUCUCUCUUUCUCUCUCUAGCUUCACGUCCGUCCAUGGCGCGCGCGCCCUAAUCCCCGCAGAACCCUAGAAAUCGGCCCUCUCGUACUCCAUCCCCCCGACCUUUUCACCUCUGCUCCGCCGAUGGACGGGACCAGCGACGACGGAGGAGGCGCCAAGCAGAACCCCCCGCCCGCGCCCGCGCCGAUGUCGAGCGCCAGCGCGCCGCCGCCGUUCCUCAGCAAGACGUACGACAUGGUGGACGACCCCGGGACGGACUCGAUCGUGUCGUGGAGCCCCACGAACAACAGCUUCGUGGUGUGGAAGCCGCCGGAGUUCGCUAGGGAUUUGCUGCCCAAGUAUUUCAAGCACAACAACUUCUCGAGCUUCGUUCGCCAGCUGAACACUUACGGUUUUCGGAAAGUUGAUCCAGAUCGCUGGGAAUUUGCGAAUGAGGGUUUUCUGAGGGGUCAGAAACACCUUCUAAAGAGUAUAAGUAGACGAAAACCUGCCCAUGGACAGGGCAGUCAACAGCCGCAGCAACCACCUGGACAGAGUUCUUCAGUAGGGGCAUGUGUAGAGGUUGGCAAGUUUGGGCUUGAGGAAGAAGUUGAGAGGCUCAAAAGGGACAAGAAUGUGCUCAUGCAAGAGCUUGUGAGGUUGAGGCAGCAGCAGCAGACCACUGACAGCCAACUGCAAACUAUGGUCCAACGACUCCAUGGGAUGGAACAGCGACAGCAGCAGAUGAUGUCAUUCCUAGCAAAAGCUGUGCAGAGCCCAGGUUUCUUUGCUCAGUUUGUACAGCAACAAAAUGAGAGCAACAGGCGCAUCUCUGAAGCGAAUAAGAAACGGAGACUAAGGCGAGAUGGCUUAUCUGAGAAUGAGCAUACUGCUGCUUCUGAUGGACAGAUUGUUAAGUACCAGCCUCCAUUAAAAGAGGCUGCUAAAGCAUUAUUCAGGCAGAUGAUGAAAGCAGAAGCUCCUCAGCGGGAGUCUUUUGAUGAUAGUCCAGAUAGUUUUCUACUCGGUGAUGGUUCAUCUUUGUCCAGUGGCAUGGACAGUAGGACAUCGAGUCGCAUCUCUGGAGUUACUCUUCAAGAGGUCCCACCAACUUCUAGCCAGCUUCCUGAGAUUCCGCCAGCUUCGGGAGUCUCAGCAAAUGAUCCCUCAUAUGCCAUUUCUGAACUACAGUGUCCUCCACAGGGUACUACUCAGGUCACUACUAACCAGUUUCCGUAUAUGGGUAUGCUCGCAGGAACACAGGAGGCUGAAGCAGUCUCCAUUAAUCAGGCAGAUACCAUUAUGCCUGGGAUCUCUCAAACACAAGACAUGGUGCUGGAGGAUAUUGCUAAUAUAUCCAGAGAUGACUACAUGGGAGCAGAUCUGCAUAAUGGUGAUUACAUGGAUCCUGGAUCAUUUGUUAAUGGGUCGAUGCCCAUAGAGAUCGAUAGCCUUUCCCCUGAUCCCGAUAUCGAUGCUUUGUUAGAGAAUUCCUCCUUCUGGGAUGAUCUUCUUGUGCAGAGCCCUAUCCCGGAGGAGGGUGAAUCAACUUCAGCAGAAGCUAAUUCGGGGGAUAACGAUGUGCAGCCGAUGGAGAAUGGAUGGGACAAAGCCGAGCACGUGCAUCAGCUUACUGAACAGAUGGGCCUCCUCACAUCUGAUAACAAGGGGAUUUGACCUUAUACAAAUUUUUACAGUCUGUUCCCACCAUGGCUCAGAACGAAAGAUUAACCGUGGGUGAGAGGGCCUCAUUUUGGCCUUCCCCAAGAGCAUAUCACGGCCUCCGAGUGUUCAUCCGUAUACCGGCCUUUUCUGAAAGUAACAGGCCCCAAACUCUGCACAUCUUUUUUAUACUGAGCUCCCGGUGGAAUAAGGGGCCAUAAGUCGGAUAGCUUUGUUAAGGGGUACCACUACUUCAGUUUAGUCGGCUCUUAGAUGGAAAGAAUAGUAAGGAUGGACUUUUGCCGAGCUAAAGCAUUAGUAUUGUAUAAUUUGUUAAUUUGUUAAGCUGGUGAAAACCCUUCUCUA